AUGCUGCUUUUGGACGAGACUGAGACGUUUUCAGACCAGUCCCACCAUAGCGCCCCCUUCAGCUCAGAGAAUGAGGCGCAGGGGGGAGAUCCCGGGGUAUGGCAGUGCACUCCUCCACAGUCGGCGGCUGCAUCUCAGCUCCUCCCGUCCAGAGACCACGCCCACAGCCCUGGUGACUCCUCCCACAACCAGAGCUCCUCCUCCACGCUCGCGAUCACCAAGAAGAGGAGCUCCAAACCACAACACAUGAGACGCAACAUCAGAAAGUUGAUUCGGGAUCACCAGUUGGAGGCAACGACCAAAGCUGCUCAGCACGUGGAGCUCGAGAGACGGAGGCGACUUGAGCAUCACAGAAAACAAGACUAUCCCGUACCACUGACACACACAACAGCUGAUGUAACAAAACAUACAAAGCCUUCACCCACGGUAGCAGCCUCUCGACCGGAAGUCCAGGAUGUGGCCUGCCUGGACUCGAUCAGCUCAGUGGGCACAGAGGCGGACUGCAAACUUGACCGACUACACUCAUCGGAGAGAACGCACAAAACUGCAGUUCCAAAGGACAUUUCGGCAGUGCCCACUUCCAGAGAGGAGGUAGAGUCUGAGCCCAGCGGAUCCCAUGUUAACGACGCUCUGAACCGGCCCGACGCUCAGGGAAGAGUCCUGGUCAACACCAACCACCCAGACAGCGACCCAGACAUUUACCUUGCACCACAGCUGGCAAAGGCUGUCAAAGCACAUCAGAUCGGGGGAAUCCGCUUCUUGUACGAUAACUUGGUGGAGUCGCUGGAGCGUUUCAGCAGCGGUCCUGGGUUCGGCUGCAUCCUGGCGCACAGCAUGGGUCUGGGAAAAACACUGCAGGUCAUCUCCCUCAUCGACGUGCUGUUCAGACACACCCGAGCCCACACCGUCCUCGCCAUUGUUCCCGUGAACACUCUGCAGAACUGGCUGCAUGAGUUCAACACAUGGGUCCCAUCGGCCGAGUCUCUGCCUCCUGGCGUGGACCACAAACACAUCACUCCUCGUACUUUCAGGGUCCACAUACUCAACGAUGAACACAAGAACACGACAAGCCGGGCGAAAGUGGUGGAGGAAUGGUCCAGAGAUGGCGGCGUGUUGCUGAUGGGAUAUGAGAUGUACCGCCUGCUGUCCCUGAAGAAGAGCUUUGUGGCUGGACGCAAAAAGAAGAACAAGAAGACCCCAAACUCCUCUGGGUCUGUGCUGGAUGUGGACGAGGAGGACCGGCAGCAGGAGCUUCUUAAAGGUAUAGAGAAGGCACUGGCUCGGCCCGGUCCCGAUGUAGUGAUCUGCGACGAGGGCCAUCGCAUCAAGAACUGCCACGCCAGCACCUCCCAAGCCCUGAAGAGCAUCCGCACCCGCCGCAGAGUGGUGCUCACGGGGUACCCCCUGCAGAACAACCUCAUCGAGUACUGGUGCAUGGUGGACUUUGUGCGCCCAGACUUUCUAGGUACGCGUCAGGAGUUCAGUAACAUGUUCGAGAGGCCGGUUCUGAACGGGCAGUGUGUGGACAGCACUCCUCAGGACCUGCAGCUCAUGAGGUACAGGAGCCACGUGCUGCACAGUCUGCUGGAGGGGUUCGUUCAACGACGGGGUCAUGACGUUUUGAGAGAGCAGCUCCCAAUGAAGGAGGAGCAUGUGAUCCUGGUGCGCCUGUCUCCCCUGCAGAGGGCGCUCUACACAGAGUUCAUGAACCGCUUCCAAGAGGCGGGGAACACGGGCUGGCUCAGUCUGAACCCUCUCAAGGCCUUCUGUGUCUGCUGCAAGAUUUGGAACCACCCAGACGUGCUGUACGAGGCUCUGCAGAAGGAAAACCUGGCCAGUGAACAAGACCUGGACCUGGAUGACAUCACCUCCUCCCGCUGCCACACAACGGCCAAUCAGAAGCCCAAACCACUGGAGACGCCAAACCCCAUUGGUGGAAUGAGUCUGACCCAAAUGCAGGAGAAAGCCAAUCAAGUCAUCACUUAUGAAUGGGCAAAAGAAAUUAUGAAGGACUAUAUCCCCGGUGUCCUGGAGAACUCCGCUAAAAUGGUGUUGCUGUUUCAUUUAAUAGAAGAGAGCGUCAGAAAGGGAGACAAGUUGCUCGUUUUCAGUCAGAGUUUGUCCACACUGACUGUGAUUGAAGAGUUCUUGGCAAAGCGACCUGUUCCUCCUUCACCAAAUUCCAGCAAGAACAAAUCAAAUCAGAACUGGGUCCGAAACCUCAACUACUACAGAUUGGAUGGCAGCACAACAGCUUCAGAGAGAGAGCGUCUCAUAAACCAGUUCAACGACCCUGCAAACACAUCUGCCUGGGUCUUCCUACUCUCCACCAGAGCCGGUUGUCUCGGGGUGAACCUAAUCGGGGCCAACCGCGUAGUGGUUUUUGACGCCUCGUGGAACCCGUGCCACGAUGCCCAGGCCGUGUGCCGAGUUUACCGCUACGGCCAAAAGAAACGCUGUCAUAUCUACAGGCUGGUUUGUGACUUCACCCUGGAGAAGAAAAUCUAUGACCGGCAGAUCUCCAAACAGAGCAUGUCUGAUCGCGUGGUGGACGACCUGAACCCUGUCCUGACCUUCACUCGCAGAGAGGUGGAAUCUCUGCUUCACUUUGUGGAAGAGGAACCAGACCCUGCUUAUGUUCAGCUGCAUAAUGAUGAUAUGGAGUCUGUCCUCAAGAGGGCGCUUUUUCUUUACCCACACCUCAUCACCAAGCAACCGUUUGCUCACGAGUCCUUGCUGAUGGAUCGCCGUGAGCUGAAGCUGAGUUCUGCAGAGAAGAAGGAGGCGAAGAAAGGCUACGAGGAUGAGAAACGCGCCUCUGUGCCUUACACGCGGCCCUCUUACGCUCACUACUACCCCGCCAGUGACCAGAGCCUCACCAACAUCCCUGCUUUCAGCCAGAGGAACUGGCGCCCACCUGCUCGAGUUGAAGACAAACCAGUAGCCAGUGUGCGUCCUCUCAAAUCAACUGCAGUUCCCAUGAUGCCUCGCCAGGCCACGGACCCCACCCCCAGCUCUGACUCCGCCUCCUCUGAGUCCAAACUGGGAGGAUUUCCGGUCAACUGUCUGCAGAAAGCCGGUGUUGUCGUGCAAAAGAUAGUCACUACAACUGACAUGGUAAUCCCAGGGACCAACAGCUCCACAGAUGUUCAGGCCCGAAUCGCAGCUGGAGAAAAUAUCCACAUCAUCAGAGGAACUAAAGGGACCUACAUUCGAACUUCAGAUGGCAGGAUCUUUGCCAUAAGAGCAGCGAACAAAGCAAAACCACUAGACAAAAAUGCAACAGCGCCACUCGAAGACUCCUUGCCUAAACCCGACGACCUCUCAUCCAAGAGAAGCACCGGCUGUGUUUCGCCUGACCGCAACCUACCGUCUUUGCCGCGGCCAAUUUCUCCGGACAGCCCAGAAAUCAUUAAUGAGCUCCAGCGCUACAGUACAACCACUGAACAGAAGCCUUCGCGACUCAACGGCACAGCCCUUCCCAAUAUGGCCUCUGCCUCGUCCGCCACUCCACAAGAUCUGCGCAUCACUUCCAAGCGCAAAUCCUCAUCUCCCUUGUCCUAUGAACGCCCCAGCAAGCAGCCGAUCAUGGGCCACUCCUCGGCUACAGCUGUGUUAGCUUCGCAGAGCUAUCCGUUCAAUAGCGCAUACCCUCUUCCGCACAUAGCCUUGAAUCCCUCAGUUCUUAGCCGAUCGCUUUACAUGAACUCGCCGUAUUUCCAAGGCUCGCCAUUGGGAGAAUCUGGGCAGUGGAGCUCUGACCUCGGAGAAUCAAUAAGCUUUCCAGAUGACUCUUUUUGA